GGGAACUGCACUAGGAUCUCUGCCCCUUCGUCGAUCAGUAUAAAAUGGGCAAAGGGUUUGACUUCUCUAUCAGUUCCUCCUACGCCAGCCAAUCAUGAAGUUCUCUCUGUUCGUUCUCUUGGGUCUCGUUGCCACCGUGACCCUGGCGCGACCUGACUCCGUCCUAGACCUGGACCUGGAUGACAUCCAUCAUGAGCAAAAUAUUGAUGAUGACCAGGUCAUCACUGGAAGUUACAGCUGGACCUCUCCCGAAGGCGUCGAGUUCUUCGUCAGGUACGUCGCCGACGAGGACGGCUACAGAGUCCUAGAGUCCAACGCCGUUCCCGUCAGCGCCUUCGGCGUCAGGGCCAACGGCCAGCAGGGAUCCUUCGACUCCGACGAGGAUGACGACAGGAAAUAGGAAGUCUGUGAAGGACUCUCGCUGUCUCCUGAAUCCUUAUGAAAGUUUUUUUUUAUUUAUUCGCCAUUAUUCACUCAUUGAUUUUAUUCGGGUGUAUACGCAGUGUGUAUACUGUGUAUGUCAUUCAUUCCAUUGACCUACAGCUGUGUAAAUGGUGUAUUCAUUGUGAGAAUCAAUAAAAGACAUUCUAAAAAAUGA